CUUGGGCCUCACAACAAUAGAACUUAAUUAUUGUUGUGAUUAAAUAGGCAUAAAAACUGUACUGAUAUCUGUUUAUGUGCGUCUGUGAAAAUGUCUUGGAAAGAUCUUGCACAAAAUUACCUACUAUUUUUUCAUCAUAAAUUUCUGCUUUUAGUCUUUACAUUUGAUAGCUUUGCUUCCUUUUAGCACCACUUAAUAAGAUCACGUCUCAAAACGUCCUGAUCAAAUGCAAACACCACUACUGAUGCAAGAUAUCUACGUAGCAGUAGCAGAUAUUUUCCUUGUCGUCAUAAUUCAGGCUUAUAACACAAUUGCACCCAUUUUUGAAAUCGAGGCUAGAAGCGUAAACCAAAACAACCGAGUACGAAGGAAACGACGACAGUGGCAGUUGGUCCCAGUACAAGCCAGGGUAAAAAGCUCCAAGAUGGUGAAGGAGAGGGUGUACACGCCACUGGCUGGGGUGCUUGUUGACAUGCAAUCAUUUGUUGAAGAAUUCACUGCCACUGAAUCUGUGCGUUAUGAGCAGUUUGCUGAAAUAUGGCGUGAAAAGAAAAUGUCUCUGAUAUUUUGUGGCAGACAAACAGAGAGAGAACUAAAAGAGUUCACAGAGGACAUGUUCUCAGUGGUGCUGCAGUACUUGGGGUCAUCUCAAACCUUCCAGGUCCAAGUGGCUGGCCUCUUCCUGCUCUAUGGCCUCUACCAUACACAGCCUCUGAAACCUAAGGCAAAGGUCCGUGUGACUCGAGAACAGUUCCAGAGCAUCUUGCAGUUUCACAGGGAGGUAAAGAACCAGGGUCAUUUGGACGUUGACUAUGUUUUUCAGAAGUUGAAGAUACAACGUGCAUUUGAUUUUGUAGCCAAUGCGCACCCUUGUGAUAUUCUCCAGGCCACUCACACAGCAGAUGAUGACCUGAAUAAAGAUAGCCUGCCUGUUGAGAAGAGUGUUGUAUCAGAGAUCCUGCAGCCUGAUAAUAUAGCACAAUUGGCUACCAUCCAUGAGCAGUAUGUGGAGAUGAAGUGCAGGCUGGCAGGCAGGGACAGACCAGACACUGCACUAGAUGUCAUCCAGCCAGACAUUGUACAAUAUUUAACAAGGGCUGUAGCUUCACAUGAAGAAUGGCGUAAAACAGGAAAAAGGCUGCAAAAGAAAGAUGGUGGCAUCACCUCUGAGUCUGAGGCAGAAUCAGAUGUGGAACAUCCAAAGCCCUCAGUUUGUCAUGGAAGGAAAAGGGCGUCAAUCAGAGAGAGAGCAUUCUCUAAAACUGCAGAACCAUCUCGAGGUCGUAGACAUCGUCGGGCAACGGUCCACAAUGGUACAGAGCAGUCACCAACAAAGUCUCCUCCGAAGAAAAGGGGCAGGAAAAGUUCAAGGGUAGAGAGUAUGGAAGAACAAGAAGUGCUACGGGUGCCGACAGUGAACCUGAGAGAGGAGAUGAGGUCAGUGAUCCUUAACAUGCCCAGGCUCAGUGGAGAGGAGAAAGUCUCUAAAAGAGGAAAGAAGUCUAAAACAGAAUCAAUGAAGAAUACUAGGAAGAAGGAAAUAAAAAAAGCACCCAAAGAAAAAGGACAACUAAAAGAAAAAAUUGCACCGAAAGGGAAGUCUAAAGUCAAGCUGAGCAAAAGUAAACAAUGUACUCCAGAGGAAAAUAUACCUGAUCCCCACUGAAGGUGUUUUCCUGUGACUUGGAAGGGGAGACUGAAUACAUUCAUUCUUCAAGAUUUUGUUAAUCUGAUCAAUGUCACCUUUUAUGAUCCACCAAUGUGUAGGGAUAGUCAUCACAUGAUCAUUGCCUGGCUUAUACAGUUUAUUACUUUUAAAAUUUUGUUUGUAAGUGAAUUGGUCUGCUCAGUUGUUUGUUACUUGGGAAAUAUUCUCAAAGGUACAUUGGUCUGCUUUUUUGUUUGUAGUCACUUCUUUGGUCAUUGAUAGCGGCCACAGUUUUUGAGAUUUUGGUUUAUAAAAUUAUUGCCUAUUAUGAUGAACCCUAGAAACUUUUGUAAGGACCAUUUUGUCUACAUGCAAAAAAUUCUCAACAUUUUUUAAAUUAACAGCCCAUUGAUAAUUUUUAAAAAUUAUGAACUAUUUAAUAUUUGGGAAAAACAAUAUCAUCCAUCAGGUCCUCUGGCAUUUCAGUGGGUCAUGACCUGUCAGACAGACAGUUUCCUUAUGGCUGAGAAUGACACAGUUAUUAUUAUAAUUAAAUGAACUGAAGUGUCUUGUAGUUCAUGAGGAAUUAGUAAAUCAUGAGAACCAGCACUCAAUGUUUGUUUUCGGAAAUUCAUAUAAAUUUACGAAAGAGCAAGUUCGUGUGUCAGAAACUUAACAAACUAAAGAAAAGAUGCUUUUCAAAUUGUCAGGUGAGCCCACUGGAUGUACUGUAGUCCGUGUUACAUGUAGCAUUAGACUGAGAGUCUAAAGGCACUUAGUCUUAUGCAGAUACAUUGGAUGGCAACCCUACAUUUUAGCCCCCCCCCCAAAAAAGAAAAAAAAACAACCUUUGAAUCCACUUUUGAAGUUCAAGUACACAACAAAGAGUGAAGAGUGUUUGUAAUGUAUAUUAACAGAAGUCUCAAAUGUGUUAUGUAACAAAAUGGAGGCAGUAGAUAAGCAAUAGCUGACCACAAGCAAGAUGGUAAAUACUGUUGACAGUCACGUCUAGGAGGUUCUCACUAACUUUGUCCAGGUACAGUUAAUUUAUUGCUAUAUACAAAUGCCAUAAUGUUUUAGUGACCAUUAGUACUUAAAAUCAUGGGCCAAAAUGCAUAUUAGCAAGAGAUUGCAGUACUUCCAUUGUGUAUAAUGACUUAAAAUGUAUAAUAGUUAGGAAUUUAGGAAUUGCUGACGAUCCUCUGUGUAGAAUAACAUUGCCAUAAUAUAAAUGACCUUGCAUGAAUAAUUGCCACUACCAGAAUAUAUAUGAACGUGUAUGACGAUUAUAGAAAAGUAGUUACACAGGUGUAAUCAUAAUAAUGCUUAAUUUAGAUAAGUCACCAUGUAUUUGGCUAUGGUGAUCUCUGGCCUCACAUUGUAUGUUAUCUGUUGAAUAUUAAAUUGGCCAAUUGUGUACUGUUGGAACUGUGUAUUUAAGCUUAGGCAUUCUGUGGCCAAGGCAGACACCCAAUAAAGUGUUGAACUGAGGAGUUCUCUCUUUGUUCUGACAGUAGUAUCAACACAACUUGAUUUUAGAAAUGACAUUGUCCAGCUCUCUUUCUUGUCUAUUGUUUUCACAAGAGUUGACUGCUGCAUAAAGUCAUGCAUGCACUGAUAUUAACAAGAAUGUAUCUUCAUCUUAUCUUAUUAUUUUUUCUGUGUACAGUUAUUGAAGACAUUUAGAAAUCUCAAAAGACAAUGUCUUUGAACUCAACUGAAUAUCAAUUUAAUAAAAUUAAUGUAGUUGAAAAACAUCACGUUAAAGAACUUGCACAGUAAAGAGUAUUGUUGGAGUUAUGGUUCUGCAUUUUUUUUAUCACUUGCAAGAGGAAAACAUUAAUUUACUUGCAAUUAAAUUGGACAUAGGAUGUUUUUU